AUGAGAGAUGAAAAGAAAGAUAAGGUAGAAGAGGAAAAGAAUAAAAAAGAUGAAGACAAGAAUGAAUCUACUUCAAAUCAUGAUGAAGUUAACGAGGAAGCAAACAAAAAGAAGGAAGUUGGAAAAGAAAAAGAGGAAAAGAGAUUAGAAGAUUAUGAAACUGUGGCAUUAAUAGAGGAGUGUAGUGCUCUCUUACAGAAUAAGCUUCCCCCUAAGUUGAAGGAUCCAAGAAGUUUAUCUAUUCCUUGUCACAUUGGAGAGACAAGUAUUGAAAAGGCAUUGUGUGAUCUUGGAGCUAGUGUAAGUUUGAUGCCACUCUCUAUUUGUGAAAAGUUGAAGGUAGGAGAAUUGAAGCCCACCACCAUUUCUUUGCAAUUAGCUGAUAGAUCUAUCAAAUAUCCAGUAGAAAUUUUGGAGAAUGUGCCAUUGAAGGUUGGAAAAUUUUUCAUUACUGUGGAUUUUGUGGUUCUUGAAAUGGAAGAGGAUAUUCACAUACCUAUCAUAUUAGGAAGGUCAUUUUUAGCCAUAGCAGCGGCUAUAAUUGAUGUGAAGAAUAGUAGAUUGAUAUUAAAAGUUGGACAAGAGGAGGUGGAAUUUUAUUUGAAUCAAACUUUGAAGAAACAUCAUGAAGUUGACCCUUGUUUAAGAGUAGAUGUUAUUGAUGAGAUUGUGGAAGAAGAAUUUAGGAAAAGAUAUCCUGAGGACCCUUUGGAGAAUUGUUUGGUACAUAGUAAAUCAACAAAGGAUGAAAAUCCUGAAGUUGCAACUUUUGCUCAAAUUUUGGAGGCUACUUGA